AAUUUGGUGAUAACUUCAACGGUGUCAAAGUAUAUUUACCCUCUGUUAGUGUAAGGAAACGGGAGGGGGCGUGGGGAAUAAAAAGAGGAAAGGUUCUAGGUACAAAAGGAUUGCCUGAUGAGACAAUAGUCAACAACACUGAACGGAAGACAAUAUAUGCAAUAUAGAAGCAUGAACAAGGCGUAGAAAGUAAUAUUACUAAACGGUUGCCAGAUUUUACAUAUGAAAACAAGCAUGGAUAUUUCGGAAGAACGGACUAACACGGAACGCAUUGGCGAAAAGUGUGAACAGUUCACCGAUGGUCGAGAUAGUUAUAAAGUCAACAGUCUAAAGCAGUCUGCUAUCAACGGUGGGGCAGAAAUCAAAAAGCUUUGUCUUGUAAGGAUUUUAAUGAUAAUGCAUUGCGUUUUAGCCUGCUGGAGAGUUGUUGUUGCGAAAAACGAUGCCUGGUUUUGGUUUUUAUGUGGUUUAAAUUUACUUAUUAUUGCCGAAGGUUGCCUGUCAAACAAACGGGAGCAACACAAUAUAGUUUUGAAGAUACUUUACAGGUGGCGACCUUGUAUUGCAAUUUAUUUGAUUACCGUAUUGCCCAACAUUUGGCUGCUGCAAAUUCACCGAUAUAACGUUGCAGUCGCGUCAAUGGAUGACGUAGACAUAACUUACACACAAUCUACUGCCGUAGUCUCCACAACAGGACAUUAUGAUGGAACAAAUGGAACGUUUACAACAACGCCAGGAACAUUAGAGUCAUUCGUCAGUACGAUUCUGUCUCUGGAAGAUUCAACAUGGAUCGUUGUGAUACAGGAUAUCAUGAUAUACAUUCUCCUAUUUGCUGUUUGGCUUCUUGAUAACGUGUCACACGAUUUGCUUUCACAUCAGUUAAUAGCAUUUCUGGCAUCAGCGUCCGACAUUAUGGAACUGUAUGCACUUUUCGACGAAUCUGCCGUACAGGAGGACUUUACUGUCACCUGUGUUGUGCUUGGUGUUUGGACGGUGAGCUUCGUCCAAUUUGUUCCCGUCUUGCACAAAACAUCUCUUAACAACACAAUACAAGAUUCGUCUAUGAUCAUGGACCUUCGAGAUUCACAUACACGUGGUCCCUGGGAAAUUGCGGAAUGCUUUGCAGCCAUACUUUUGCAAGACGGACCAUUCUUGUGCGUCCGUCUGUUUGUAGUGAUAGAACUUCAGUUAGUCUCGUACAGUUUAGUGUUUUUCUUGAUUAAGAAUCUUCUCACCCUUGGUCUUCUAUCAUAUCGAAUAAUUGGUCUGUGUAUAAAACAUAAAAGUUUUACGGGACAAAGGCAAGAAACAAUAUAGUCUAAAAUAGUAUGUUUAAUGGCUAUACGAUCAAUUCACACACAGAAAAUACGUACACUCUGUAUAUUAAAAAUUGAGUUUAGAUAAUGUAUGUAUCUAUUUUUAUCAGGGUCCCUUCUUUAAAUCAUGUAAGUACAUUUUGCUUGAUAAAGGUAUAUUUGUAAAAAGGUGAUAAAGAGCAAGACGGCGAAACCCAAUGACGUCAAGUGACGUUGUUUCCGUUAGUGAAAAAUGAGCUUUAUUAUCUUUUAAACGCGAUCAAGUUAUUAUUUUGUUUAUGCUUUAAGACUACAAUUUAAUAGAUCAUACAGCCACAUCACUAUGUAAAAUUCAACUUCUUUUAAAAAGGUAUGCUACGUAAAGCGCGAGGACGCCGUGAUAUUUGUUUUUAUAAUACAUGUUUUUGAAAAAAACAGGGCUGAUAAAAGCUACCUUAAUGUUACAACUGUUUAUUAUUUGAUGAGUGGAACAACUUAAUGAAGUAAGAACUCUUUUGAACCCGAAUGACGACCAAACACAAAAUUCACGAAAUGGCUGCUCCGUAAAUAUUUUGAUAUUUUUAUAUAACGUAGCUCUCUUCAUGUAUUUUAGUAUGUUUUUCAGAACGUUUGAUUUAAAAUAUUUACAUCUCAACUUCCAUUCCUUAAAUGAACUGCCUUUCGGCAAUUGCGUUCAUCAAUCGAUGAACGCAACAUCUUCGGAUAUGUUCGGAUCGUAAUUCAUUGCAUAACAAUAUACAUGAAAGCUAUUGAUCUUGUUAUUGGCUGUAUUAUGUCUGCAGGUCCCGUAAAAUAUAGAUAAACAUUUUUAAAAGUGUUAGUUUAUUAUAUUUUAAAUAUAUUGGUACCAGAAGUGUUUCAAUUUUACGUUUUAAAGUGAUUUCAAGCGGUUGAUCUUUUCCCGCGUUAUUGUGACGUCAUUUGAAAACAAAUGUUUCCGGUUAUAGUCGGGUCGUUCUAUUUACAGAAUGGGUAAGAACGGAUUACUGAAAGGUUUUCUUAAAUGAAAUGAAGUAUAUUUUUAACAAUUCUUGAAUGAAAUAAUGAACUAAUGGUGUAAUUAUAAGGAAUGAAUUGCGGGGUUGAUGUCAUU